GUUGCAGAGCAAAGAAGUUCAAGUUCCCAAAUCCCAAGUAACUUGCCAAAUAACUAAUAAGAUUGUAGGGUAUUGCCAAGUGUAAACUGUAGAUAAAUGCUUUUUUAUCGCCGCGUAGGUCACGCUUUACUGAGGUUACGCUUUACUAGAACAAAUUCCUAGCUGAACUUGUUUUUCAAGACAAAGAGUGCACUUCAUUGUUUCUGAAGUUUGAGCUGAGUCAAACCACAAGCCUGCAGGCUGAGUGCCAAGUCUGGUCCUUCAAGAUAGACCAUCCAUCCGAUUAUACUCUCAAGAUUUGUGCCACCACAAGAUGGCGGUGCUGCACCGGGCGCUGGUCACCUGGUUCCUCAGCCUGGUGUUUCUGAUUCUGCUGGUGCUGCGGCUGGACGGGCGCACCCAGUGGAACUGGUUCAUCGUGUUCAUCCCGCUGUGGCUGCUGGACUCACUGCUGCUGCUGUACUCGCUGGCCGUGCUCGUGUCGCCGUGCCGCAGCGGCGUGGACCGGUGGCGUCGGCUGAGCGGCACCGUCUGCUCGGCGACCGCCGUGCUGCUCAAGCUGUGCUUCCAGAUCUGUCUGUGUCUGCACCUGCAGUACCCGUCGGCCGGCCUGCGGCUGCACGCCGCGCUGGCGCCGCUGCUCGCGCUGCUCACGGGCGCCACCGCGGCGCUGAUGCGCCACCUGGUGCAGACACACUGCGGCUGAGAGAUCAUCCACAGAGCGGCUGAGCGGGGAGAUCAUCCUCAGAGGACAGACUGCGGCCGAGCGAACGGACUAUCCCCCCCCCCCCCCCGGAAGGUUCGCUGCGACUGGUACGGGACGAGUGUGAACUGCUCUUCCGGGAGACCACUGUGGACUGGUUCUGAUCCGAAGAAGGUGAUAAUGUCUGUGAAAUGCCUAUCCGAUGCAUGAAACUGGGGCAUUGAAACAGUCGUGGCCGUAUGAACGAUGACCCUGGAGUUGAAACAGUGUAUGUAGAAAUGUUAUGGGCCGAGCGACGGCCGGGUAGUUCAAGCGGUGAGGCAGCGGGCUGUGCCGCGGUCCUCACUUAACCGCACAGUCGAGACAAUAUCGGCCACUGGCUAGCGGGCGAUAAUAUGGUGUAUUACCAGUGUGGAGCACCCUCAGUCUGUGUGGUGGCGUCAGCUGUUCCGUUGGCCACAGCCGCUGCCAUCAGACCCUCAGCGGUAAGGGUCGGAACUGAACGGGGAAGGCCUUAGUUGGCAACAAACUGUGUAUUUAUUGUCCGCUCCGUGAAGUGACCGACCAUC